AUGGAUAAGGAAGCCGAUAUAUCUGUGUCUACCGACGCUGCUGAGGAACAGAAGGAAGUAGUCUAUACUACAGUGGCUCCCGUGCGUGUGCCUCCCUUUUGGCCACAAAAAGUAGCUUUGUGGUUUAAACAAUUAGAGGCCCAGUUUGUUAUUUCCCGUAUUACAAAAGAUGAGACCAAGUAUGGAUAUGUUGUGGGACAUCUGGAAGGGAAAUACGCUGAAGAAGUCGAGGAUAUUAUUUGUAAUCCACCCGAAACGCACAAAUAUGAUGCUAUUAAGAGUGCAGUAAUGAAGCGCUUAUCGGACUCUGGUGCGAUGCGCAUACGAAAAUUAUUGGAGUCCGAAGAAAUCGGCGAUCGAACACCGACACAAUUUUGGCGUCGUUUAAAGGAAUUGGCAGGCCCCUCUGUAACCGACGAGUUCCUCGUGGAAUUGUGGAAAAAUCGUCUUCCGUCAAAGACGCAGUUAGUGUUAGCUGCAACGUCGGACACGGCUGGAGCUAAAUUGGCCGAAAUCGCAGAUCGCGUACACGAAAUUCCAGUAUCGAAAGAUACUAAUAUCGCUGCUGCUGCUUCGCGUUCUUCUGAGAUUGAGUGCCUGCGUGAAGAAUUAAAGGAGAUGCGCUUGAAACUCGACGAAGUCCUUAAUCAACGAUCAAGAAGUCGCUCGUCUUCCCGUGAUCGGCCGUGGAAACGUUUUCCGAAGCAGAGAAAUAAUGGCAAGAAGAAGGAUGGUGUCAAACACGAUUUGUGUUGGUAUCACUAUAAAUUUGCCGAGCGGGCUACUCGAUGUACCACACCGUGCAAGUGGGAUGGACCUAAACCGGGAAACGCGUAA